AUGGUUGAGACUCGGAAACACCAUUGCUGGGAGUGUCGCCGGCGCUCCUUGGUCUGCGACUUUGGGGUUCCGGGCUGUAAGCGAUGUGCAGCAUCCGGAGUCGAUUGCCCUGGGUACAGCAAAACACCACCUUUACGAAUAAGGUGGCUGGCGCCCGGUCAGGUCAAUGUACGAACAGUCAAAGACACCCCGAAGAAUCGCCAGAAGGAUGGCAAAGAUGAGCACAGAAGUGCCAGCUCAGCGUCAUCCAAGGAUAGCCCGACGCCGUCAGAAGAAACGCGGAAAUUGGUGAUUCCUCGCUACGAAAUGAAAACGGAAGCUCAUGCGCAAGUAGAAUCCUUCGAGUACUUCAAUACUUGUAUCUUCCCUAUCCAAGCCCAGGUUCUCAGUUUGGGCACCAAUAUUAAUGUUUAUAAAAUUCCACUGCCAAUGUUUCAGAUAGGUCUCAGAGCCCCCGACCAUAUCCGACUUGGUUUGAUUUGUUCCACCCUCAGUCACCGAAUGAGCCAAACAGUCAAUGACCCUAGCUCAAAGGCGCUGGCAAAGACCUUCUAUUAUUACCGAGGUCUCAUGAUUCGCUCGUUGAAUGAGGAUCUCAGCGUGGUCAAAAAGCGAACAAGUGAUAUAGUUCUUGCUGGAAUUCUCACCCUUCUUUUUGCGGAUAUCCAGCAAGGAAUUUCCCAGAGCUGGCGAUUUCAUAUAGAGGCAGUUCGCAGACUGUUAGUGGUGCGUGGUGGCAUGCACUCGGUAGCUGUAUCCCAUGGUGUGCUGCCCAUGAUUCUUUGCUUUGUCUAUCUGGCUGUUACUGCAGACACUUCAUCCCCUGCAUCAGAUUUGCUCAUCGAGACUUUGCCCAUUGAGGAGCUGUAUUUGCUGCUGGGAAAAUAUGGAGGCAACGGAUAUGCCUUCCAGAUGUGUCCUACUCCUCUCUUCGUUGAGAUAGCCAAGAUCAACCAUCUUCGAGCUCGAGCUUCAAAAGCCGGUAUUAUUGGAGAUCUUGAUCUUCAGGAAGAAGCCUGUGAAAUCCUGCGCCGCGUUUAUGACUUCUCGCCCGUCGAGUGGACCAAGGCAAACGGGCCUUUGGAAGAAGCCAAAAUAUUCUUUUUCAACAUUCUACAGAAAGCAGUUGCCCUGUAUUGCAUGUCAUCGUUGCAAAAUCUCUGUCUCUUUCCCCAAGGCUCGCCAUUAAGCAACUCUCGCUACACCGAGAGAGAACUUUUAUACGGACUGCUUAGUCAGGCUUUUGGGCCGCUGUCAUCUUUAGGGUUGAAAGGAUACUUGCUCUGGCCCACCAUGGUUCUUGGCGUGGAAGCAGUAGAUGGCGGCGCAGUCAUGCGUUUUUUUGUUCAGAGAAGUUUGAUCGAACUAAGCGUUUCCAGAGGCACAUAUAGCCCUCUUGCGGCAAAGGAAGUUCUCGAAAGCUUCUGGGCCUCAGACAAGACCGGAUGGGAUGCUUGCUUCGAUCAGCCAUAUAUGUUCACGACAGUCCUUACGGUGAAUCGAGGUCAAAUGGUUAAGUGA